GUGUGCGGGCGCAGCUUCGUCGUGGUUUCGGUUGAGCAUUCUUGGCAACGUCUCGCUCGGAGAACAGGCAGUCGACCGUCGGCUACAACGGGUGUUUCCAAAAUGUCUGGAGAUUUAUGUUAACGGAAUAGGAGCCGAACGGGAAGCACCGGAGCAGUGUUAGAGUAAAAAACUGAGCCUCCCAUUCCUGCACUGUGACAUCAAACCUCACAUGCCUCACCUGCAUACUGCACAGCUGAAGGCACAAGAUCUGCAUUAGACUGAAAAUAAUCCAGGAAGAAGACGACCGGUCCCGACUCAAACUGGUCCUCAAUGGACCAGUGAAAUCUUUUCCCACCCUGCCAAUUAAAAGCAAUGUAUUUGGGCGCUGUAGGCUGUAGCACUGUCAGCAGAGAGUGUGUGGGGCCCCUCCUCUCCCUCUUUCCCAGCACCCCUCGUGACAUGGGAUGCCAGCCCCCUGCCUCCCUGCCCUGAGCUCUCCUGGGGCGCCAUGAACAGCUACAGAGACAGAGGGGUCACUUGCACCUCCUCAGACCUCCUGGAUGGAGGAGGAGGAGGGUUUCCCCAGCACACUGCGUUUCGUCACACACCCAAUGGCCACCCGGCUCCUGGCCCCACAGAUCCAGCCAUCCAACCACGCAUCUCUGUGCCCAAAAUGGGUGUUCGGGCGCGGAUUGCAGAAUGGCCCCCACGCCGUGCGCAGUCCAGGGAGUCACUACUAGAAAAUGGGCAAAUUGUCAGCAUUCACCAUGGAGAUGACUGCUCCACUUCAGUUUCCUCAUCGGUUAUGUCAUCUGACAUCGGGCUGGUGCGGGGAGGGGUUGCCAGGUUGCCACGACGACGGUCGAAGGAUGUAGAGUUUAGAGGAGGAGGGUUUGGCGUUGAAAGAUGUUCACCAUUUAGCCUGAGAGCGUACCCACCACUGAGACAGCGCUCAAACAGCGAGGUGACGCUGAGCGAACAGGACGAAAAUGAGGUGGAGGUUCGUGGAGGUGUCGGGAUGGGAAACCUGUUCAGAGAGUAUGGCAGCACCUCCUCCAUCGACAUCCAGGGCAUUCCUGAGCAGAGCUUUUUUGACAUGCUCAGCCAGUUCCACCAGGAGAGGCCUGACCAGCGCAGCUCAGCACCCAUACACCUCGGGGAGCUGCUGCACGCUCCAGACUCGCCACCAAGCGCACCUCUCCCCUCUGCCCCCUCACCUGGUCCCACAGGUGGGGAAGUAAUAGGGACAGGAAGGAAAGACGGAGCUGAGAGAGUGAGGAAGAAAAGUGGAGGGACGGAGUCGUCACUGGGCACCUCCUCUUUGUUCAGGAAACUUAGGAGCUCUAGUCGCAAUGAGCUGGAUGGAGGGAAAGGAGAAACAACCGAGGACGGGGGAGGCCGGGGUUCAGCAGACGCCUCCUACAAACCGUGGGUAUGUCCUAAGAGCUUUGUCCACUUCGAUGCUCAGAGCAUCCUGUUUGACCUCCACGAGGCAGCGGCUCAGCGGGGCUACGCCGCCCAGAGGAGGAACACGGCCACGGGGGCAUCAGCUGCAUCAGUGUCCCUGUCUGUCUCCAGAUCCUCGGCUCCAACUGUGAACGACCCAGUGUACUCCAGCAUAGAGGAUCUGACCCUGAGCCUCGACCCCAGCUCCAUGACACCCUCCCUGGGUGUGGACCUAAUGGACGGGCCUCAUGGAGCCCACAGCUCGAGCCCACUGCUCCUCUGCUGCCCCCACUUCCUCAAUGAGACUGGAGGCCACGGGGAGCGCAAUAUCAGCUUCCUCAGCUCGUCAGCAGAGCGAGACGGAGGAGGAGACGGAGCGAGGGGUUGGCUCAGGAGGAGUAACGCCAGCGUCUCAGUGCUGGAGGUGCCUAUUGAACAGCAGGUUACAAGACUGGAAAGACUGAAACUGUACGGCAUAGAGCAUGUAGAUCUGGGGGCCAGGUACUACAGAGACUACUUCCAUGGGAAAGAGCACUCAAACUACUUUGGGACAGAGGAUAAGCUGGGUGCUGUGGCCGUGAGCAUCCGCAGGGAGAAACUGGAAGACACCAAAGACCUGAAAGACCAGUACCAGUACCGCCUUAUCGUCCGAACAAGCGAGCUUGUGACCCUGCGAGGCUCCAUUUUAGAGGAUGCGGUGGCAUCUACGGGGAGGCAUGGCACGGUGCGGGGUCUGCCGCUCAAGGAAGUCCUGGAGCAGGUCGUCCCUGAGCUCAACGUGUCCUGUUUGAGACUGGCGCUCAGCACACCCAAAGUCACAGAGCAACUGCUUAAACUGGACGAACAGGGGUUGAGUCAGAAGCACAAGGUGGGUGUUCUGCUGUGCCGUGCGGGCCAGAGCACAGAGGAGGAGAUGUACAACAACGAGGAGGCGUCACCCGCCUUCUCUGCCUUCCUGGAGCUGCUUGGGGAGCAGGUGCUUCUCAAAGGAUUCACCAAAUACGCUGCGCAGCUCGACACAAAGACGGACUCCACGGGCACCCACUCUCUGUACACCACCUACCAGGGCUACGAGGUCAUGUUCCACGUGUCUACCAUGCUGCCGUACAUGCCCAACAACCCACAGCAGCUCCUGAGAAAGAGGCACAUAGGGAACGACAUUGUCACUAUAAUCUUUCAGGAGCCAGGAGCAUUGCCUUUCACCCCGCAGAAUAUUCGCUCCCACUUCCAGCACGUCUUUGUUAUUGUCCGUGUGCACAACCCCUGCUCUGAAGGCACCUGUUACAGUGUUGCUGUGACAAGAAUGAAGGAUGUUCCUCCCUUCGGCCCACCCAUCCCCAGCGGCGUCACCUUCCGUGACCCAGAAACCUUUCGUAACUUCCUUCUAGCCAAAGUUAUCAAUGCAGAAACUGCAGCGCACAAGUCAGAGAAGUUCCACACUAUGGCGACACGAACGCGGCAGGAGUACCUGCGUGACCUGGCUGAGAACUACGUCAGCAGCACUCCGCUCGACUCUGCUGGCAAGCUUAACAACCUCAUCUCCCUCGCAUCUAAAAAACGGGAGCGCUCCAAGGCGAGAGAGGGAGCGGAGUUGGGAGCUGCGGGGGCCGUCGCCUGGAGGGUCCAGGCCCAGGACUUCAGUGGAGGUGGGACUGAGCUCCCCUGUGCCUUGGGUUUGUCAGCUGAAUACGUCCUCCUGACAGACUGCUCCACCAAAGAGGUGGUGUUCAACUGUUUCUGUGCGGACGUGAUUGGCUGGACACCGGAGCGGCUGGCGCUGAAGAUCUUUUACGGCAGAGGGGACCACAUCGCUGUGCGGGUACCAGAGGGCUGUGCACCAGACAUUAGAGAGAUGGUGCAGAGGUUAAAGUCGUUGACAGUGGGGUGUGAGACCGUGGAUAUGACUCUGAGAAGAAACGGACUGGGACAACUGGGCUUCCAUGUUCGCCUGGACGGCACUGUGGCUGAGGUGGAGGAAUACGGUUUUGCCUGGCAGGCGGGACUGAGACAGGGCAGUCGGUUGGUGGAGAUCUGCAAGGUUGCUGCAGUGACGCUGACUCACGAGCAGAUGAUCGACCUCCUAAGGACGUCGGUCACGGUCAAAGUCGUCAUCAUUCCUCCGUACGAAGAGGGGGGGCCUCGCAGGGGCUGCACAGAGGAGUAUGAGAUGAAGACCAUGGAGCAGAAGCCAGAACCUGAGCCUCUGGCAGCAGGCUAUCGACCCUCCCCUCGCCCGACGUGGCGAUGGGACAGCCCACCCAUUCCUCCAGGGCUCCACAGUGCCCCCAACCCACAGCGCUGGGCCCCCAUGGGUCCCCCGCCUCCUCCACUGCCCCGCUCACACAAGACCCUGAUGCCUGUUCCCUACAGGGAGCCCCAGCACCUCAACUCUAAGAGGCCAGUGAGCUACCCAGAAAACCACUACAGUCUGUCUCCUGCAGUAGGCGACCGAAUGCUACCUUACAGAAACCCCUCAGCCAGCUUCUCCUCACCUUCCUCAGGCCUGCUCGCCCUCUCCACCAUUGGGCCACCUGGGAUCACACCAGGCCCCUUCGUACGCUACAAACCCUCCCCCGACAGAUAUGGAGCAGGACAGCGCCCCCUGCUGCCUUAUGAGCCCCACCUCAGUGUGGACAUCAACUCAAGUGGAGAGUCUUCCUCAGGCUUCACCAGUCAGGACAGCACCAUGGAGCGCUGCAAAACAGAACCCCUCUGGCAUGUCCCAGCGACGCCGUCUCGAGGACCAGGUGGUGGAGGAGGGCAGAGAAGACUAACCAGACAGGAUGUCCCUGGGAAAGACUCUCCAAACAGACACUCGAAGGGCGAGACUCAGUACUCCAGCCACUCCAGCAGUAACACUCUGUCCAGUAACGCCUCCAGCAGCCACAGCGACGAACGCUGGUUCGACGGAGGAGCUGGAGGAGAGCGAGGAGGCGGGGGUUGCCUCGGCGACCCAGCCGACCCUGACCCCGACCUUCUCAACAAGGGGGGGUCUAACGACAGCGGCAUCGACGCCUCGACCCACUACAACAACAAUCGCCCCGGAAACAUGUCCAACAGCCAGUCCCAUAAGCCCAUGCACUGCUUUGCGGCCUACAGCGGCGUCCCGGAGCUGUCCGUGGGAAGGAGCAGCGGCAGCAGCGGAGAAGCGAGGAGGCGAGAGUCUUCGCCCAUCAUACCAGCUGCAGCCAAUCAGAACAAAGGGUACCGGACCAGGACAUUCCCGCCUCCGGGCUCCAGCACUGAUAAAAUUGAUGCUUUCAAACCCAGGGCAUACACACCACAAGGUUACAGGACUCCGACAGCUGAGAAAGCCCGGCCCGUCCGAGCCGCUACGACAACACCCACUUCAGCUCAGUUAAGCUCUGUCCCUUUGUCCAGCUCCGCCCCCAAGGCCUUUUAUGGGAAGAGCAGACAGGCGGCCUGGCAGAACGGCGACACCAGCCCGUCGCCUUUAAACGCAACCACGACAUCCAGCUCUGACAGCAGCAACAGCAAGAAGCAGGUGGAUACAAACUCAAAAAACGUUUUUGGACAACCUCGGCUCCGAGCCUCGCUGAGGGACCUGCGUUCCCCCCGACGGACAUACAAAAGCACCAUUGAAGACGACCUAAAGAAACUGAUCAUCAUGGACAACCCGGGAGAGGCGCCACAAAGAGAUCCAUCUCCCAGGCGAACCUUGCAGCGCACCUUUUCAGAUGAGUCGCUGUGCAGCGGGCGCAGAGAGGCCAGCUUCGCCAACUCUGAGAAGCCGACGACGCCCACUGACGUACUGUUUACCUGCACACUGCCCACACGCAGACACGCCGUCUCCUCCAACCACAUGCAGAGCAAGAAGGUGCCUCUGUCUGCCUCGGAGCUGUCUCUCACAGAAGUUAGAGACAAAGUUCCCCCCCUGAGGAGGCUCGAUCCCGGGCUGAUGCCUCUUCCUGACACAGCCUGUGGACUCGAGUGGUCCAGCCUGGUCAAUGCUGCUAAAGCCUACGAAGGUGAGGAUGGAGGCACAUCAGGAUUAGCUCAAAGAGCAGUUUCCCUCUUCUCACUGACUGAGCCACAGGUUGGCGGUCCAGACAUGAGACCAGUGGUCAGUCCAGUCCAGUUUCAGACUCCUCAGACACCACGGACCACACCGACCUUCAGCGGCGACGAGGUGCCCAACGAUUUGUCUGGUCGGCUCUACCACCUGGAGGUGAUGUUAAAACAGCUGAACACUGACCUGGAGAAAGAGAAGCUGGAUAAAGUUGUUCUGCUGGCAGAGAUGGCCAACCUGAGAGAGAAUAACCAGCGCCUGCAGGAGGAGAGCCACACAGCCAGCGAGCAGCUGCGCAAGUUCAACAGGCUUUUUACUAACAGUGACAAGACAGAGAGUGGCCACGAGGCUCACUCCUAAACACACGAAACUGACUCAAAGAGGGAGUGAUACCUGCAGGAGAAGCUGAAGAGAUUCAGGCCACAGAGGGAGGGUGACUGUGAGAGUACCCAUGAUUCCUUGCACACACACAGCGGCGGCAGAGGUCACAAUGAUGUUACCUCACUUAGCUUCCACUGGACUGCCUUAAACCAUAGAGAGAGCAAGAAAACAGACAAAUCAUUUUUAAGAUGCAACACUCCCCAGAAAGUCUCAACAAGCCUGUGCACAGACCGAGCAGAGACCUUCCCUCUCUAUUCUUUGAGCCUGUUUAUUUUUAUAAACUGAAGUCUUAUACUUGUCAUGAAUAUAUAUAAAUACAUAUGCUAUGCCAGACGAGCGAGUAGAAGAGGAAACCGUUUUAGAGAACAUUACAUCACCUGGAGAGGCCUAAUACUGUUCCUGCAGCGAUAUCAGCCAAAAAAAAAAAAAAGGAAAAAAAAGACUCAUUACAGACUGCAUCUCCCAGAAUGCACUAGAAGUAAUGGAAGCUCUACAGACAUGGUACUGUAGAUAGAUGCCUUUGUGGUACAAUUGUCAUGUAUCAAUAUUACCUAUAUUGUACUGAUAUUGACGUACUAAAGAGGGGUGUGUGUGUGUGUGUGUGUGUGUGUGUGUGUGUGUGAGAGAGAGAGAGAGAUGGUACUGCGAAUACUCCGAAGCAUUAUGGCACACACACGCAUCUGUGCUCAAGGCAAGAUGCCUUUUAUUACCUUUGGUGUGAGUGUGUGAGGUUGAAUGGAAUGGUCUGCUAUUGGACGUUUUGAGUGAUGAACAAACUAGUUUACUUCAAAAAGAACUUGUGGGCCACAAUAUUCUUCUUUCCUCCGUUUACGUGGAUGAACCUGUGGCCCUUUAGAUGUGAAACAAGCCAUCAGCGUGUUGAGCGAGUGUAAAUGGUCGAUGUCAUGAAGCUCAGUGAUAUUACUAGUGAAAUAUCUCUAAUGUUGUGCAUUGUUUUGAAGUUAAUUUUCACUGUUUUCAGCAGUGCCGUAUCAUCUCAGAUCUAAACGUACUGGACAAUUAUUUUAACCUUGAGUCGUUAUCACAGUAUGUCUUAAAAAAAAAAAUCAUCUUUUUUCUAAUAUUUAAAGCCGUAGUUGUGCACAUUUUGUAUUCGCUUUGUGGCGGAGACUUUCCAUUAAAUAUAGGCUACAGCCAGCAAACGGUUAGAAGCUUAGCAUGACAACUGGAUACAGAUGAAGACAGCCAGCCUGGCUCUGUCCAAAGGUAACAGAAUCUGCCUAGCAGCACCUCUAAAGCUCACUAAUCUACACGUUAUAUCUGAUUAGUCUAAUCCCAAACAAAAACCAAAUUGUAAAAAGUAAUUUGUAACUUCCAGGAGUAUCUACUGGUUGCCUGGCAACUGGUCCUGGUGUUACACCAAAUUCUAUAGGCUAUCAGAUUCUGUGACCUGAUUAGCAAUUUUAUCUUGCCUCUGAAAACAUCUUUUUUUUUUCUUCUCGUUUUUAAAUACAAACGUAGUGCCCUCAUAGUAUUUAGAUAUAAAAACAUGUGAAUUAGUGAGCUGAAGAGGUGCUGGUAUGUGGACUUGCCAUUAGACUGAGCCAGGCUAACUAUUUCCCCCUGCUUCUAGUCUUUAUGCUAAGCUAACCAUCUGUUGGCUGUAGCUUCAUAUUUAACGGACAAACAUGUCAAUCUUGUCAUCCAACUCUCUCCACUAUAAAGUGAGUAAUGGUAUUCCUCACAAUGUCAAACUGUUCCUAUGAUAACGUCUUCUUUGCAUACUAAUCCCAGCGAAGCUGCCACCAGUAACUUCUGCUUAUAGAAAACAUUUACUGUACAUGGAACUCACUCGACAACACUGAAGCUCCUUCAUAUCAGAACCAGUCGGUCUGUGCGUAUGAGAGGAUUUGUCCCUGUGUUCUGUGAUAUCCCUAAUGAACACAAAAGACAUUAUUUAUACUGCUAGCUUGCUUAACACUAUUGUCUACUAUAUCUAUUUUUCAUACAAAAAUAAUGUGUGUGUUUUUGGACGCUGGUAUUGAAUGGACAAUACAUCCCUGCAGAGGAUGACUCUACAUCUUCCUGUGUCAGUUUAGAUAUUGCUGAUUAAAUUGUAGUAAACGGUCAUCUCCUGCUUCGCCCUGUAGGACAGCUACUUGUCUUUUAUCAGGAGGUUUCUUCCACGCUCUGACUGGAACUGUUGAAUUUUGAAAUCCUAACUCACUCAGGUUCCUCAAGAUGCUGUUAACGACACUGAACCAUCAGUUAGGAGUGGGCGAUGUGACGCAUUGUAGCCUGAGACAAUGUCCAUUUGGGUUCUGCCAUACUGUUUAUACCACUGUAGUUAUCCCUUUAAUAUCUCUGGGUGUAUUAGCCCAUUUUAGACAUAUUUGCAAAUCAAUUAGCAGGACUGUUUCACGGCAAUCAUGAUUAUGAUUUAAGACUUUGUUUAAAGGUACUUUUGUUUGCUUGAUUCGCCUAAAACGGACAAAUAUGAACAGUUUCUCGAUUGAUUUUCAUGAAGUCGACUAUAUUGAUAUCUUCAUAUGAAAUGACUUAUGCUGUGACAAGAGGUUAUCCAUAUCGCCCGCUCCUACACAAGGGGGCAACGAGUGUUGCAGAAAACCUGCCAUUUCUUCCUGCGUUCAUGUUUCCACUUCCUUUAUUCCUCUGCAGCCAGUUAAAGUUUCAACUUGGGCUGUGUAACUUUGAUACCAGUAACGUUUAUACCUAUUUCAACCUUUUUGCUUGGAUUCAGACUUUCUCAGUCUACUUUAUGGUUCAGAUUUUCCUCAAAAACAAGCUUUUUAUUUCCUGUUUGGACAUUUUUUUAGUUCAAGUGACACACUCCUGUUGUUCCUUCUUUAGGAAGUCCUUCAUUCAUGCAGCUUCGCAGGUGUAGCUGUGACCUUAGUAUCUGCAAGUCUCAUUGGUUUGCUUAUGUUAAAGGGGCAAUGUUUCUUUUUUUAUAUAUAUAUAUAUAUAAAGUUUGAUAAUGUUAUGUAUAAUUUUAAGCUAUUUAUAGCAUACACAAUGAUCCCCUGUUGAACAAAUUAAUAAUGCUUUAUUCUUAUUGGUAAUAUUGUAUACCUAGGUUUGUUUUUUAGAUGUUAAAUAUUUUGAUAAUUUAUUUUUUAAACACAUUCCCACUGUUGCAGACAGUAGUGAAGAUGAGAGGGUACUGUGUUUUUAUUUGUGUAUGCCGUAUUACUUCUGAUCUCUGUACAAACUGAUUUGUAUGAUCCCUCGUUUUCUGGCUUCUUUUCCUGUUUGUGCGUCGGUGCUUUCCGCAUGUGGCAGGGGUACAGGAUGCAUAGACUAAACGUUUUCUUUGGGUUGUAAUAACUUGUACAUUUAAAAGUGUAAAUUAUGUUUUCAUUAUUUUAUAAAAAAUAUAUUAAAAAUGAUUACCAGAACA